AUGAUUUUGCGAGUUAUACGAGGAGACCCUAAUUCAGAUAGGUUCCCAUGUAGGCACCAUGAAAACCGGACAAACCCCUCAUCCUCACAAAUCCAUGUAUCGUCCCUGUAUUUGUUCAUAUUUGUACAAAGAGAUCCCCACAAAAGAAGCUUACAUAAUAAUCUGCUUCAAUUCCUGGCUUGCCCUGUCAGGGCAUCCUUCUUCAUCAACUCCUGGGCGGAGGAUGCUGUGGAAGCGUCCGGCCUACAGACCUUCGGGGUCCCGACCAGGGUAGCUUCGGUAGACAUCUCCAUGGUCAGCGCCAGAUGGAGCUUCACGGAUCUGGAAGUCGCCAGCCCACCCGGCUAUGGCCCGCAGAACUUCAUGUCGAUGGGGAGUGGCGUUUUUGAUCUUGGAUUCCGAUCCAUGUUCUUCUCGCCUCUGGUCAUCCAAGAGCUGACGCUGUCGGACGUGCAGGUCAACAUUGAUCAGCGAGUGGAUGGCACCUCCAACGCCAAGCUCAUCAUGGAGCACAUACACAAGGUCUCAGACUCUGCUGCAAGCAAGCGGUUCAACGAGGCCUUGAUGAACAAGAAGGUGACGGUAGACAAGAUCACCUUCACCAACAUCGUCACGCGACUGUGUCUCCACCCCUCCUGCGAUAUGUCGCCGCCACCGUACUUCGUUAUCAAGAAGGUGGAGGUGAACGACAUUGGCAAGAAGUCUGGGGGAGUCUUCGUCCCGGACUUGUUUGAAAUCAUC